AUGUCAACAGAAUCAACUGAUACUGUCACGAAAGGACUGGUUGCUUGGGAAGCCAGAAGAAAAGCAUGGACAACAGCCGAUCUAGAAUAUACGAAUAAUCUCAACACAACUACUUCAGAUAAACUACAAGAUCUUAUUCAACACGAAGUUCAAAGAAAGACGAUCUAUCAACAACUUGUUUAUCAAAGACAAGUCUUUCGUACACCUAUACCCUUAAAAUAUAUUAUCCCUAUCCUUAUCACAGGCUGGCAAGAAGAUGGAUUAUGGCCAAAAGGGAUGGUUGUACAAGAUAAAAGUGAUUAA